UUUCCACGCCAUGAGCUCCUUUGGCCGUCUCUUCCGCGUCACCACGUUUGGCGAGUCGCACUGCAAGGGCGUCGGCGCCAUCAUUGACGGUGUCCCGCCGGGCCUCGAGCUCACCGAGGCCGACAUUCAGCCCCAGCUCACGCGGCGCCGUCCGGGCCAGAGCAAGCUCACGACGCCCCGCGACGAGAAGGACCUCGUCGUGAUCCAGAGUGGCACGGAGCGUGGCGUGACGCUCGGCACGCCCAUCUCGGUGUUUGUGCCCAACGAGAACGUCCGGCCGCAGGACUAUAGCGAGAUGAGCAACGUGCCCCGACCCGGCCACGCCGACUACACGUACCAGGUCAAGUAUGGCACGCGCGCCUCGAGCGGUGGUGGCCGCGCCAGCGCCCGCGAGACGAUUGGCCGCGUCGCUGCCGGCGCGAUCGCGGAAAAGUGGCUCGCGCAAAAGUUCAAGACCGAGAUCGUCUCGUGGGUGAGCUCGAUUGGGCACGUCGAGAUGCCAAUGCCGUCGCUCAACACGACAGGGACGACGCUGACGCGCGACGACGUCGACCGCCUAGGCACGCUGCGCAUCCUUCAGGUCCCUGGGCAGACCGAGGCAGCCUUUGUGGCGUCGACGGAUCUCAGCGCGCCGGCGUACCUCGACGUCAACAACGUCGUGUACAACCGCCACGGCGACGUGCUCCCGACGCCGUCCAACCUCGUCGAGUACCUUACGGAGGAUUUGGUGCCCGUGCGCUGCCCGCAUCCGCCGUCGGCCGCCGCCAUGGCCACCGUCAUCCGCGAGUGCAAGGCCGACGCCGACUCGAUCGGUGGCACGGUCACCUGCGUGAUUCGCAACGCCGCCGUGGGCUGGGGCGAGCCGUGCUUUGAUAAGCUCCAAGCGAUGCUGGCCCACGCGAUGUUGUCGAUUCCCGCGGUCAAGGGUUUCCAGUACGGCUCUGGCUUUGAGGGCACGCGCCAGCGCGGCUCGACGCACAACGAUGCGUUCUGCGCCGGCGAGAACGGCCGAUUGAACGUCGUCAAGAACGACGCCGGCGGUGUCCUCGGCGGUAUCUCGAGCGGUGCCGACAUCUACUUCAAGAUCGCCGUCAAAGCGGUCUCGACGAUCGGCCAGGCCCAAGAUACUGUCGACUUUGACGGUAACUCUACGGUGCUCGAGGCCAAGGGCCGCCACGACCCGUGCGUACUGCCGCGCGUCCCGCCGCUCGUCGAGUCCAUGUCGUCGCUCGUACUCGCCGACCUGGCCAUGCUACAGCUCGCACGCGACCACUACAUGUAAUAGAUCCCAUCAUCAUCAUCAAUACACUAGCGUUCUACUAUUCGAUACCA